AUGUCUUCAGUCAUCGACUUCGUCGCCGCCGAAUCCAACGGCAACACGGACCCGGCUCUCGAUCUCAUGCGCCGUGCUAAAAUUCUCGAGGCGACCCGCCGCAUCCAGCUCCUCACCAAGGACCCCGGCGACGAGUGGACCGAGAUGGUUUACGCGUCGACCCUCAUGACGGCCAAGCGCCUGUUCUGCGACUGGGGCGUCUUCGAUGCCAUCCCCACCGAGGGGGCCAUAUCCUUUGCCGAGCUGGCCGCCAAGGUCGACGCCGAGGAGAUGCUGUUAGUUCGCAUCGCCGGCAUACUCAUUUCCACGGGCUACCUCAAGCAGAUCGGCACCAACCAGGUUGCUCAUACCCGUUAUUCUCUCGUGUUUGCGAACAAUGACCGCAGAGGCCUGCUUUUCAAUACCGGAUGGGACAACUGCGUGGUCCCCUAUGCAACAAUGCCAAAGUACUUUGAGCUGUACGGCCGCAAGGAGCCGCGCACCGUGACGCACACGCCCAACGGGUUCGCGCACGGCAAGCCCGACCUGGCUAUCUACGACCUCAUGCAAAGCGACCCCGUCCGGCUGGCGCGCUGGAUCCCCGCCAUGGCGGCCGUCGAGGAGCACAUGCCCAUCGCCGGCAUCUACGACUUCUCGUGGCUCGUGUCGUGGGCGCAGGCCGAGGCGGCGCGGCACAAGCAGCACGGCGCCGGCACCCUCGCGCCCGACCGCCCCCUGCUCGUCGACGUCGGCGGCGGCAGGGGCCAGGCCAUCAAGGCCAUCACCAAGGAGUUCCCCGGCAUCCCCGUGCACCGCUGCGUCUUGCAGGAGCGCCCCGAGGUCAUCGACGCGGUCCUGGCGGCGGACGAGCCCGAGCUGGGGCUUGUUACCAAGAUGCCCAUCAACUUCCACGAGGGGCAGCCACUGAAGGGCGCGCUGGUGUACUGGAUCCGGCGCUGCCUGCACAACUACCCCGACGACACGGCGAUCAACGUGCUGCGGCACAUCGCCGACGCGGCGGCGCCCGACAGCCGGGUCCUCAUCUUCGAGGACGUGCUCGACAGCCCGCCGCACUAUAUGGCGGCCAUCAUGGACUUUAUGAUGAUGGGCAUGGGCGGCAAGCAGCGCACGCGCGCGCGCUGGGACGAGAUGCUCGCCGAGGUCGGCCUCAAGAUCACGGAUGUCCAGCGCGGCAACGGGCCCUGGAAGACGCAGUGCGUUAUGGAUUGCGUCAAGGUCUAG